CACGUGAUCCGCGCCGGAAGUGCAUUUCUGGUCUCCCGGGCAACAGCCCCCCUUCCGCGCCCCCUCUGUAUCCUCACAGGAUAUAGGCCCCUGCUCGCCCACCGCCUGGGAUCCGCGAGCUACGAGCACACGAGCUCCACCAUUCCAUUAGGAGAAAAGCUGCUGUUCAGUCCAUGAAGACGUGUGCCGCGGAAGAGUAAGAGACACUCCCAAAGAGGUGGCGAAUGAAAGAGAAAAUUGAAGACCAUUGAAAGGCAUCUAAAUCUGCUGUGACUAUAAGUUUGCUUUUCUUUGAACUGGUGGCUGAAGUUUCAGUGCCCAUUUGGACUUCCACAACCAGAGAUGGCAGCAAAGGUGGCAUCCUGGAAAGCUACUGAGCCGUGGUCUUUUCAUCCCGUAUAUGCAAGAUACUGGCGACAUUAUCAUCAGGCGAUGGCCUGGAUGCGAAGCCACCACAGUGCCUACAGGAAGGCCGUGGAAUCGUAUUUCAGUUGCCCGUGGUCCUUCCCUCCUGCAGCUCUUCCCCAGAGCUCUUACACUAACAAGGCCAGAUCUCUUCGGCCCUCUCGUGACCAUCUCCUGGCUUCCACGGACUCGCACUGCGGGUCUUCACAUUCCAGAAGGUCUGGGCAGCAUCCACCAGCCCGCCCAGGAGAACGGCGCCCGAGAGAACACCGAGCUCGCCCCACCGAGGAGGAGGCGGAGUCCGAGUCAGACGGGGGCGUGGAGUGCGACCUGAGCAACAUGGAGAUCACCGAGGAGCUGCGCCAGUACUUCGCCCAGACCGAGAGGCACAGGGAAGAACGACGGCGGCAGCAGCAGCUGGACGCCCAGCGCCUGGAUGACUACGUGAACGCCGACCACGACCUGUACUACAGCACCCGGCGCUCGGUGGACCCCCCCUCUGAGAGGCCUGGUGAGCGGCGCCAGGCCGAGAUGAAGCGCCUGUAUGGGGACAGCGCCGCAAAGAUCCAGGCCAUGGAGGCCGCCGUGCAGCUGAGCUUCGACAAGCACUGUGACAGGAAACAGCCCAAGUACUGGCCGGUCAUUCCGCUCAAGUUCUGAGCCCGGGCGCAGGGCACCCAGCCGUCACCCCCUUCCUUUUAGAUUCACUGAAUCACACCUUCUGUGCAUUUUCUCAGGGAAAUUUCUCUUAUACUGAGAAAUAAGCAUGUCACCAAAGUCCCAGGGGGCCCAUCUCAGGGCUGGAUGUAAUAUGUUGGCCGCUUGAAGUCAGCAAGACGUACUGUUGCCAACAUGAAAGAUUUUCUUUUGACCUAAAAUGAUAAUUUCAUAUAUAUUAGGCUUGGUUUUGAUGUCACUAAUACUGUUCAGUUCAUUAAAGUCCUCAUUUAGA